CGACAACGACUGAGAUACCAACCGCCCUGGACGAGGUUGCUGUAGCCGCUACAACAAAAACAACAACGAAGGUGGUAUUACGGCACUACAAGAGGUUUUGGAAUCGGUGAAGCGAGACGGUCUGACAUUGCGGCCUUCUAAGUGCGUGUUCCUCUCCAGUGAAGUCAGCUUCUUAGUACACGAAAUUUCCAGCGCGGGUAUAGCACCAGGAGAGGCGAAGACGUGGUGUAUUAAAGAGUUCCCACAGCCAACAAACGUAACUCAGGUAAGGCAGUUCCUGGGAUUAACUGGAUUCUUCCGAAAAUUUGUAGGGGGAUACAGUCAAAUAGCAACGCCAUUAACCACGCUAUUGAGGAAGGACGUUAGCUUCCAAUGGGAAACACCACAGCAGGAAGCAUUCACGAAUUUGAAAGAGGCUAUAACUAGUAAGCCGGUACUGACUUUGUACGACCCUCACAAAGAGCAGGAGGUACAUACGGAUGCCAGUCACGUAGGACUAUCCGGAAUUCUGUUCCAGCGCGAAGAUGACGGGGAAAAACCAGUUUUCUUCUACAGACGCCAGUGUAGGGAAGUAGAAGCACAGUUUCCAAGUCACGAGCUGGAAGUACUUGCGAUAGUCGAAACGUUAACCCGAUUUCGCAUGUAUCUUCUCGGCAAGCCGUUCACUGUGGUAACCGACUGUAACGCUAUUGUUACCACAGAAGCAACAACACCACUACUCCCGCGUAUUGCUAGAUGGUGGUUGAGACUGCAGGAAUACGACUUUAAGACGGUUCAUCGGCAAGGCCAUAAAAUGCAGCAUGUCGACGGGAUGAGCCGAGCACUUAGUUUACCACCAAGUAAGUGUCAAACGGUAGCCGAAAGUAUUUUAGCUGUCACCACUGAAGGUAGCAGCGAUUGGGUAUUCUUGAUGCAAAUGCAAGAUCAGAAAUUUCAAGAAAUCGCAACAAUUAAAGUCAACGUCCACAUCCGCAAAGCAAAAUCAACAAGAUUACGAGCUACACAGAGGAAGGUUAUAUCGCAAGAUUAAUGGCGAGCGGCGGUUGGUAAUUCCUCAAGCGAUAAGAAUCACGAAAGCAUGCCAUGAUGACUCAGGGCAUUUCGGAAUUGAGAAGACUCUGCAGCGGAUUCAGCGAGACUUUUGGUUUCAUCGAAUGAGGCGGUACGUUAAGAGUUAUAUAGCGGCGUGCCCAGAGUGCUGCAUCUACAAGGUUCGAGGAUGCAAAGCCGAAGGGCAGAUGCACUUAAGAGAGAUUAUCGCAAUACCAUUCCGAUCACUGCACAUCGACCAUUUGGGACCGUUCCCCAAAAGUAAGAAAGGGAAUCAGCACAUCAUUGUUUUGGCCUGCGCUUUUUCCAAAUACGUAAUUUUGAAAGCUAUACGAAACACCAAAUCAGCGCCAGUAAUUAGCAUGCUACGAGAGGUGAUGACCACGUUUGGUCAACCGGUUCAACUCAUAACCGAUCGCGGAACAGCAUUCACCUCCAAAGAGUUCGAAACAUUUUUGCAAGCUCGGACGUACAACACAUAAAAAUAGCCGUAAGGACACCGCGAGGCAACGGUCAAGCAGAACAGGUCACUAAGACUAUUUUACCAGCUAUACGAACGACGAUGAAGACUACGAAAGAGUGGGACUUAACUUUGCUCACGCUACAGUGGAGUCUCAACUCUCAGUCAAAUGCGACUACAAAGAUGAGUCCGAACGAAAUCGUUUUCAACUACAACUUAAGAGACUACAGUCAAAACCGUUUGAUCCAGGCACUCCACGACGAACCGGAUCCGCAAGAUGAGAACAAGCGAGAUGAGUUACUUACUCGAGCAAAAGAGAAUAUCGAAGCAGCACAAUCGAAAUGGCAACAACGAUUCAAUGAACGACAUCAACAACCGACACGGCACAUUGAAGGUGAGCUAGUAAUGAUCAGCAAUGUGUCGACAGCCACGGGAGAGACCCACAAACUAGACGCCAAAUACAAAGGUCCAUAUGUGGUCACCAAGAUAUUGGACCAUGACCGGUAUAUUGUCGAGGACAUACCGGAUGCACCGGUGACCCAGCAACGGUACUGUAGUGUACUAUCCAGUGAACAAAUGAAACGAUGGUGUCAGCUUAACCCACAACUCGAGGUAGACGACAGCGACGGCAGUUCAUCAGAUGCCUAACCGAGGUCGGUUAGUGAUAGUCACGAGAGGCCGAGCUGUAAAGUGAGAAUGGGGAGAGCGAGCGAGCAGCCAGUCAAGUACGAACAGCCAUGCGGAACUUUUCAAUAACCGGACAAUCGAAUUGAAUACUUAAUUCUGUAUCAUAUAAUUUAUUAAUAAACAUUAUAUUUCAGUUGUUAUCCUACUACCCGGGUUGCAUCUUGACAGGUGCAUAUAAGAGAAUACUUACCUAACCCCAUGCGCUGCAGAAUUGCUUGGGGCAUACGAUUAAACUGCAGAAAUGUACCCAUAUGCCAGAACUGUAGUAUUUCACCCCAUCCUAAUGCAGAGUGUUCACGCAUUAAGUGUGCCAACUGUGAGGAAGAACAUGCGUCUAACUCGAAUAAGUGUCCAAAGUUUCUCCAACAGAAGGAAAUCCUAAAGAUCAAGACCCAACGAAGGUGUACCAUAAAACAAGCAAGAUAAAUUUACAUUUACCAUCUACCCAAAACGUCUUCUCCCUCGUCUUUCGCGGGCGUCACAGCCGACAAUAGCAAUGUGCCGCCAUCUGGCACAAUUACAAGCAAAAACACAACAGUUACCGCAUUUCAAAGAAUAGCUCCUCCAUCAACAGUAACUCUGAAAACAUAUUAUCCAAACCAAGUUUCCAACCUACCAAACAUCAGUAAUCCCUUAAUAGAAACUCCAAUAACAUCCAAAGCUAUAAUUCCAAACAUUACAUCUCCCGAUCCUAACCUAACUUAUACCAACUCCUCCCCUAACGCUUCACCGAUCACCCAACUCACACAACAGCUCAUCCAAAGGCACAAUUACGUCGUAACUCCUUCUCCGUCCGUCUCGGAUUUCGACAUAGCACCAACAGCACAUAGCCUUGAGAACAUAUUUCACCCCGUAAUGACGUUUAACAUACUCCAGUGGAAUUCGAACGGAAUAUUCCAGGGACCGUAAAAAAUAGUUAUUUUUUUUUCAAUAGCUAAACUUGGCCAGAUAUUUUUAAGUGUAAAUAAAAGUCUUUUCCUAAUAAUAAAAAAACCUCUUAUCCAAAUUAAACAAGUUUUGUAUCAACUGAAAGAGGAAUAAAGUUGCUUUAAAACUGAAAUGUUUAAACGAGGAAAGCCAGCUAUUGAAAAAUAUUUCA